GAGCAGCCUUGAAACUGGAAACCGCCCCCAUCGAGAUAACAUUCUACCAUUAAGAAUGCAGAAGUUUCACAGGGUCACACAUGACUUCAUAUCCUCGGACGUCCUUCAGUUUUACCAACAGUUUAGAAACUGCGCUAAUAUAGGCAUGCAUAACAAUUAAACAAAUGUCUUACGAAAAGAUCAAUUUUAUUGGCAUAAUUGACAUUAAAAUGUAUCUGACCUGGGUUUUAGGACACAAACCAAUCUGGUCGUUUUAAUUAAGACCCAAUAAACAUAACAUUUCACAACACCGCCACAGUUUAUAUUACUGAUUUGCAUAUUUUGUCACUUCUGUGUAAAAUGUAACAGAACACUAUCGAAAGAAAUAUCUUAUCCUCACCUUUCACAUGACAGACACGGAAACGGUUCGUUGUGCGCUUUGCAUACAUGCUUUGCUAACCAAAUCCAGUUUAACUCAAUUCGAGCUGAGAAAGAACUGUUAAUUGAGCGAUUGAUGCCCCAGGUUGAUUGGGGUAAUUUUUAAAUAUAUCAUUUAUCCUCUUUGCCGGCCGUCACGGUGAGUUGAGAUCGUUUUUCUCAAGAUGUCGGGGAACAUUUGGACUUCAGUAUUUUGCUGUCAUCACCGCAAAGACAAAGAUGUAUCGGAGGAGACAACAGCGGUUCAAAAUUGGUCUGAACAGGACAAAAACAAACGAACAUUUCUUACAAUGGACGUUAAGGGCAAGAACGAGGCGGUUGUUAGUCAAGUAACGGGGGCACACGUAAACGCUGGCUACCAGUCUCCCGAAGGAAUCAACAUCUUUGAACAGAAGGAAACCCAAUCUGUAUCACAGAGUGACGAUGUUGAAUCGGUGUACCAAAGUCGAAUUGCAGUUUUACAGGAGCAGUUGAGUUUUGCUGAAGCAAAAAAUAAAGAACUAUCCAUGCAUGUGGAUCUACUGAAUUCUUCUUUGAGGGAGACUGGUAACAGUUCCCCAAUAGCGGGGAUGGGAGAGGUCUCUCUGAGCGAGUCUGUGAGUGAGUCGGUGAAGCAGCAGUUUGAGGCUGCGGAGAGGGAGAAGAAGGAACUGAAGAUGAGAGUGAGGCAGGCCAACGAGAGCGUCCGAGAUCUCAAACACGAAAUUGCUGUUUUACAGAAGAGGCUGCAGAGUGUAGAGAACCCCCACCCCCCUCCGUCUCACUCCCCCACUCCUCGGCCCCCAACCCCACCUCCUCCUCCUCCCCCUUCACAGCCUCUCAACCCCCUCAGGUCUUUGUUUUCACUAAUUCAGAAGAGAAAAGAGACUAAAGCAAAAGACUCCAUGGAGUGUUUCGAACAGCAAGUGGAGUUGAGAAGUGUUUCAUCAGAGAGUCAAAUUGGUGAAUCCUCCAGCUCAACCUCCCCUCAACAAGCUCCCGGCAUGACGGAGAUGCUGAAGAUGAUAAAGCAUGGAGUUUCAUUGAAGCAUGUGACUUCCUUUCACAAGCAGUCCAAAGACGACCAGCUGGGCUCAGGGAGGAGUUUGAAUCUCGUCGGAGAAGGUGUGGAGCCCGAACUGGAAGGGAUCUUGAGGAGGAGAAAGCAGAGUACAGACAAUUAUAUUUCAGAUGGCUCGCUGGACUCUUUCGAUGUGGAUUCAAUGGGACGCUCAAGUAAGAACAAGUCUCUGGCGAUUGCAGCUAUAAAGAGAAGCCCUGGUAAGGGCAAUCUCAGCUUCCUCUGCAGGGGGUCUGGGGAGGAACAAGCAGACGGGAGCCCAGUCAGUAAAUCUGCAGAAGAUUGUGAUGAUCCUAGAAGAGAUAGCGCUGGGGAUGGGGACAGUACCAGCAACAUUAUCCCAGUUGCAUUUCCAUUGGAUAUUGGCGAUGAUGACUCCCCUGCUAAAUACACAGCAAGAAUCAUUCAGGGACAGCCUGAAGUAAUGCUUCCAAUGGAAGAGAAAGGUCCAGAGGUUCACACAGAUGAUGAAAUCCUUGGGGCGAUCCUCACUGAUCUGAUGACCACCUUGUGGAAUCAAGACUCCAUGGAUCUUCAAGGAGAUGGUGUGGUCCAAGAGGAUGUCCACCUGGAUAAGAAGGGAACCCCCAAAACCAUUGAGGAUGUACCUGAUAAGGUUUUGGAUUCUCCAAGUAGAGAUCAACAGCAAGAGAACCAUAACUGUGACGCAUCUAAGGAUUUGGAGACUCAACCUGUUAUCAAAACCAGUUCCAAAUUUGUAGCGGGGCAAGUGGCGGUACUUGCAGAUGAUCAAAGCCUAACAGUUGACCAUGAAAAAGAUGGGUUUCAAAAUCCAAAUUCAAACCAAGAUGAGAUGGAUCCGCAACAAGGUGACCAAGGACUUGAGAGAGCCAAUGAGGUGGACCUAGAGACUGAACCUUCUUUUAAGACUGAUUGCUCUUCCAAAAUGACAGCAGAACAAGGGGCGGUCCUUGCAUGUGAAGGGCCUUUGAACCAAGUCGAGAUGGAUCGACGAGGGGACAACCCACUUGAGAGAUAUCAAGAAGUUUGCCUGACUGAAACCUCUAAUAAUAUGAAGCUGGGGCAAUUGAAGAUACAAAAUGACCAAAGCCUAAAAGAUAAUGAGGGCGACCAAAAUCCAGCUUUGAUCCAAGAUGAGAUGGGACCAGUUGUCGCUGCAGAUAUUGACCCUUGUGCCUUGAAGCAAGCUGCAGACGUCCUGUUGCACGGGAACAGCGCUGCUGAAUCAUCGAUGGAUGAGUUUGGCUCCCAGUCUGAACCAGCACAACUAAGCCCAGGACCCCAUGCUCAAGGUCUUCGCUCUGCUGGCAGUACGGAUGUAUGGGAUCUGGAACAAGACUCAUCUGAAGAAAGCAACACUGAGAACCAUGAACCAUCUGUUGAAGUCCAGAGUAAAGAGCAAGCUGUUAAAAACCUUGCAUCAUUAGUUCUAGGUAGAGGAGAUUUAGGUCCACCUACAUAUUCUAACAAGCUUCCAAGUGUCACUCUACAAGGGAAUAAUCCGAACUUGAUCAGUCUUGAAAGCCAAGAUAAGGACAUGGUGAAUAACACGAUUUCAUUCUCUCUUGACCAGGAUGUACCUAAAUGCAGUCCAACUGAUUCAGAGAUCUUCUUUUGCUGAUCUCCAACUUUCCUUUUUUUAUGUUUUUACAGCUUAACUGUUUUGUUAAGUAUUUCCCAAGAUGCAUUUUAAUCCAAGACCAGUUAGCCUGCCCCCUUUUUUCUUCUCCUGUUUCAAUAUGUGUAACAACUUGUAUGAUCCGGGCAUGGACAAGAUUUUUAGAUCUUUUUUAAUCCUUGACACAGAUUUAAUAUAUUGCAUGUACACGCUGUAUAACUUUGUACAACCUUUCAUUGCAUUGGAAACUUUAGGGUUAUUUGUGCACUUUUAGUAGAUGACUAUUGUUAAAUGUUUUGAAUAAAAGUUUUUUUUUUUUUCAUACAAAAUUUGAAGUUACUUCUGCUAUAUGUUGAACAGGUUGCUAAUGGCA